CGGAUGAGUCAGGGAGGUGCCGGUGAUGAAUGAGUAACGCUCUCUUGCAGAUGCGGCUCCACGUCAGUCUGCCGGUGUCGGUGUGUCGCUGAGCCCAGCGGGGAAACGGCCGCAGGCGGACAGGUGACGCUGCAGGGAUGUCUUCAUCCCUCUUCCUCCUCCUCUCGCUUCUCGUCCCCACCCUGAUGUUGGAGUUUCGUUACCAUGACAACAGAGAAAUCGAGCAGUACCUGCUCCAGGUCAGCGCCGACAACCCCGACAUCACACACCUGUACAGCAUCGGCAAGUCGGUGAAAGGUCAGCAGCUGUGGGUGUUGGCUCUGGGUGUUCGCCCUCGCCGCCACGCCGUCGGCGUCCCGGAGUUCAAAUAUGUGGCCAACAUGCAUGGAAACGAGGUUCUGGGUCGCGUUCUCCUCCUCCAGCUGAUCGCUGAGCUGGUCCGCGGUUACCGUGACAACGAGACCUGGUCGCUGCAGCUGCUGAACAGCACGCGCAUCCACAUCCUGCCGACCCUGAACCCGGACGGCUUCGACGUGGCCGACACAAACUGCCUGUUAAGCCAGGGAAGGCUAAACCAUAACGGCGUCGAUCUGAAUCGGGGAUUUCCUGACGCUUUCGCUGGUCUGCGAAAGCAGCAGGAGCUGAAAGAGGAGCAGAGGGAAGCUGAGGUCAGAGCUGUGAUUGGCUGGCUGCGAAGCGAAACUUUUGUUCUCUCCGCCAACCUUCAUGGAGGCGCCAUGGUGGCCAGUUAUCCUUACGACAACAGCGACCAAGGUUCUGUUUGGACGGUCUCGCCCAGCAUCGCGCCUGAUGACGACGUGUUCGUCCACCUAGCGAAGGCUUACUCAUACAACCACGCCUCCAUGCACAAGGGGAACAUCUGCGUCGACAGCGGACCUUUCCAGGACGGCAUCACUAAUGGCUACAACUGGUACAAGCUGGAAGGUGGGAUGCAGGACUACAACUACGUUUGGGCGCAGUGUUUGGAGCUGACGCUGGAGCUUUCCUGCUGCAAGUUUCCUGAACCCAAAGAACUUCCUGCCCUGUGGAUGGAGAACAAAAAGGCUCUGCUAGCUUACAUCCAGCAGGUCCACCUGGGGGUGAAAGGUCAAGUGUUUGACGGUUGGGGGAGGCCGGUGCAGAACGCGGUGGUGGAGGUCAAGGGUCGCAGGAAUAUGUGUCCGUUCAGAACCAACCAGCAUGGAGAAUAUUACCGACUGCUGUUGCCUGGAAACUACACCUUCAAGGUGUCGUAUCCGGGUCACAAGGUUCUGACAGAAACGCUCAGCGUCCCGUACGGUCCAGAAAAAUAUUCUGCAAUGAAGCACGACUUUAAGCUGCGACGCAUCGCCUCGACAACGGUCCGCGCUCAAGCUGAGCCAAACCCGUCUUGUAGUUACUCAUUACUGCCUCAAGGUGGCGGCACCGCGGCCAGAUCCGCCUGGUACGGACUGACAGUUGGGUUCAGUUUAGUGACGGUGCUUCAGUCUCUGAUGGACUGAAUAACACGGUCUGAACCCAAACCCCGAAACCAAACGAGGUGAGAGGUCAAUAAAGGUUGGCUUUACUGGCUGCUGACUUCAAAAUGUGCAGAGUGAAGAAAACGGAGCUGCCAAGUGAAAACAAUGUUUUAGCAACAUUAAUGACCAGGAAAAACAGAAAAGAUUUCAACAAAUCAAAGAAAUGAUGGCUGGAUUCCAUCUAUCUGUUUCAGUAUGGAAGAAGAUUAGUGCCAAAGAAAAAAAAGAAUUUUGAUUUUGAUUUUUUUUUAAAUCAGAAUUCUGUAUUAUUCUGGGAUCAAAAAUCAGAAUUAUAAUUUUUUAAAAGUCAAAUUCUGAAUUCUGAUUUGUAAAAAUUCUGAAUUCUGAAGCCAAAAUUUUGAAAGAAAAACCUGAAUUCUGAGUUUAAAGUCAGAAAUUUGAGGUUAAAGUCAAAAUAUGAAGAAUUUUGACUGAUUUUAAAAAGUCAAAAUUCUGAGGUUAAAGUCAGAAUUAAGGCAAAAAUUCAAAACUGUUGAGAAAAAAGUCAGAAUUCAGAAAUUUAAGUCAGAAUUAAAGUCAACAACUUGAGGAAAACAAUCAGAGUUCUGAGUCAGAAUUUUGAGGUUAAAGUCAAAAUUCUAAUUUUUUUUCAAGGCAGAGAAAUCCAAAUUUGUUUAAUUUUUACUUUUGUCAGAAUUCUGAUAUUUUAUUUUUAUUUUUUUAAGUCAAAGUCUUGGGAUUAAAGUCAGAAUUCUGAGAAAAAAAUGAGCAGUUUUUUUCACUGGCCCUCAUCCUCUCCUCUAGUUUACUGUUGAAUUCAGUUGAACAGAAAUUGUUUUAGCAUUAAAAUGUAAAACAUAUUUAACAAAUUUUACGUUUUCCCAACCACUGAUACAUUUCUGACGUUAGAAGCACAACUUGAGAUUUUUCUACGUCUAACAUUUUAGUUAGAAAGCUAACAGCUAGAAUUUCAGGAUAAUUGUACAGUAUUUAGAUGACUUUAACUUCAAAGAAGUUAUUAAAAAUAACCAAAAAUGAAUUAGCUUACUUUUGGUCUAUUUACAUUUAUAAAGGAAGAAAAAAGGCAGACAUAUUUAUUUUGAGCUUUUGUACUUUUCAGAACAGACUGUCCAUGUUUGUGAACUAAAAUUGUACUUAAAAUAAUUUAAAUUAAUAAAUAAGUAAAUUACUUAACUGACUAAGUAAACAGUUACCAGUUAGUCGAGAGCGUUUCAACAUUUCUUCUGUAUAUUCAAGGUGUGUUUUAUUCAUGAAGAAUUUUUAUUAAUAACAUUACUUCUGUAAAAACUGCUUUUAUUUUUUUUAAUGCACUAAUUACUUAGCUUUAUUAAGGUAGUAAACUGAUAGCUUUAGCAUAGAUAAUGCUAAAGCUAAAAUAAGUUUGGUCAGAAUAAUUUCCAUAAGCAUUCACAUAACAUACAAAUUUAUUAUUUAAUAUUUAUACUAGUUACAGUAUUUAUUAACUAAAUUCAAAAAUAAUUCUGCUAUGUUAACUGUUUCAUCUUUCAUUCUUUUUAUAGACAGGUAGUUGUUGGCAAAAUUAAUAUAUUUUAUAAUAUCUACAUUUAUUGUAUGUAUUUUAUUGCAAUUUAAUAAAAAGUCAUAUAAAGAUUAA